UACACUGUACUGUUAUUGAACGUAGAAUCACUGCUCCUUUCUGUCAGACGUGUGCCCUGAGGGGAAAGAGUGAUGAGAAGGAUAUUUCUUCUCUGAUUCCUGUCCAGAGGCUUUGGAAGGGCUAACCUGUGCUUCAGACAGAGGCCUUCUGGAGAAAUGGGAAAUGGUUCCAUGAAACCUAAACCAUCAAGAGAGACAGAUGGGCAGCUGGUGAACUACUCUUUCGGUUCCUGCAACAAGAUUAACAAUGUUGAUUCUGUGAAAGGCAAAGUAUGGGAACUUGAAAAAGAGUUGAAAAAAAAGAAUGAAGAAUUGAAAAAUAAAGAACUAGUAUUCCAAGAACUACAGGAGCAAAUCAACAAUCAGACCCAAGUGAUUGCAGAUAUCAGCGAGGAGCUUCAAACUAAAUGUGUCCAACUUAGCAAACUGCAAGAUGUUAUAGGUUCUCAAGGUGGAAACUCUUUACAUUUGCCCACAUUUCGAUUGUUGCAAGGAUCACCUACAAAUUCAGUCCAAGUGUCACCAUCCAAAAUCAUGCAGACAUCACCAUUUAAGACAUUGUCUGGCCUUUUCAACAACAGUAAAAGGAAGGGGGCAAAGGAAGGUAUUUCUGCUGAGCCAACUUCUAGGACAUAUGACCAUAUUGGCCAGUCAAGGUUCUCAUUUGAGAAGGCACGCGUUCAAAAAGACUCUGGUGAGAAAAAGUUAAUAACAAAUGCCUUAAACAAGAACCAAUUUUUAAAGAGACUUGACCCUCAUCAAAUUCGGGAUAUGGUGGAAUGCAUGUAUGAAAGAACGUAUUCGCAAGGAGACUAUAUUAUCAAGCAAGGAGAACCAGGGAGUCGUAUUUUCGUAUUAGCUGAGGGCAAAACAGAGGUUUUCCAGCAAAACACACUUUUGACUUCCAUUCCUGUCUGGACAACGUUUGGGGAACUUGCAAUAUUGUAUAACUGUACAAGAACAGCCUCAGUAAAAGCAAUCAGCAACGUAAGGACAUGGGCUCUGGACAGAGAGGUUUUCCAGAAUAUUAUGAGAAAGACUGCACAAACGAGACAUGAAGAACACAGAAAUUUCCUGAGAAGUGUGUCCUUAUUGAAAAGGCUCCCAGAAGAUAAAUUGAUGAAAAUAGCUGACUGCCUGGAAGUGGAAUAUUAUGAAAAGGGAGAUUAUAUCAUCCGCCAAGGAGAGGAAGGGAGCACAUUUUUUAUCAUUGCUAAGGGCAAGGUAAAAGUCACUCAGAGUACUGAAUGCAACCAGGAGGCCCAGUUAAUUAAAAUGCUGGAAAAGGGGGAUUAUUUUGGAGAAAAGUCCCUAAUCAGUGAUGAUGUCAGAUCAGCUAAUAUAAUUGCCGAUGAUAAUGUGGAGUGUCUAGCCAUGGACCGAGAGAAAUUUAAUCAGACUGUUGGAACCUACGAAGAGCUUCAAGAAUAUCUUGAAGGUUAUGUGGCAACUCUGAAUCUUGACGAUGAAAGAAGAAUUGCCAAAAGAACGAGAGGUGGACAGCAUGUGAAAGCCAUUUCUUUGGAAAUGAUCCAGAUCAAAGAAACAGUUGCCCGACUCGCAUCUUCAUCGCCUUUUGAGAAUUUAGAGAUUAUUACCACACUGGGUGUUGGUGGGUUCGGGAGAGUUGAACUUGUGAAAAUGAGAAAUGACAACCUAGCUUUUGCUCUGAAGUGUAUUAAGAAGAAACACAUUGUGGAGAAUAGACAACAAGAACAUAUACAUUCUGAGAAGAACAUUUUAGAAGAAGCCAGCUCACCUUUUAUAGUGAAAUUAUAUCGGACCUUCAAGGAUAACAAGUAUGUGUAUAUGUUGCUGGAAGCAUGCCUUGGUGGUGAAUUGUGGAGCCUUCUAAGAGAUCGUGGUAGUUUUGACGAGACCUCUGCCAAAUUCUGCAUUGGAUGUGUGACUGAGGCAUUUGAAUAUUUGCAUAGUAUUGGUGUAAUGUAUCGGGAUUUAAAGCCAGAGAACUUACUGCUGGAUUCAGAAGGCUAUGUGAAACUGGUUGAUUUUGGUUUUGCGAAGAAAAUAUUUCCUGGGCAAAAAACAUGGACGUUUUGUGGAACACCAGAGUAUGUUGCUCCGGAAGUUAUUUUGAACAAAGGCCACAGCUUUAGUGUGGAUUUCUGGUCACUUGGAAUAUUACUUUAUGAACUUCUUACGGGAAGUCCUCCAUUCACUGGGCCAGACCAGAUGAUGAUCUACAAUUUAAUUCUCCAAGGCAUUGAGAAAAUGGAGUUUCAUAAAAGAAUAUCAAGACGUUCUGAGGAACUGAUUCGUCGACUGUGCAGACAAAAUCCAGCAGAACGUCUUGGAAACUUGAAGAAUGGAAUAGCUGACAUUAAAAAACAUAGGUGGUUUAAUGGAUUUGACUGGGAAGGACUAGGUUCUAGAAGUCUCCCCUCACCUUUAAAGCCUGAGCUUGAAGGACCUACAGACCACAGCCAUUUUGACAACUAUCCACCAGAUAACGAUAUACCUCCAGAUGAGAUUUCCGGGUGGGAUCAAGAUUUCUAAAAGACUCUUCCUCUAUUUUUAUUCCUUUUUAUAUCACACAUUUUUUUCUAUGAAGGACAACUUAAAUGAAAAUGAAUAGAAAACCAACUAUAGUUUCAUACUGGAUUUUUUUUGUAAUAUGUAAAUCUGUUGAAAACAAGGAUUUAACCUUCCUUAACCUUUUUUCUCCUUUGAAUUAUGCAAUUCUUACUUAAAAUACCUCUGUGUAUGUGCCCUAGUAAAUGUGAGAGGGGGCUCUUGGAAAAUGAUCCGCUGUCCUUAUUAUACAAAUUCGGAGUGACUGAUGUGAUUCAGGUGGCACAGCGUUGUGCAAUUUAUUCCGAAAACGAGUUGUUUAGGCUUAUGGAACUCAAGCUCGAAGAGUGUAUCUGGAGUGAAUUGAAUUCGGGCCUCAGUCAGAGCAAGUUUGCUGUUUGUACAUAGUCAUUAUUUUAUUUAGUGAUAAGUCAACAUUGGCUUAUAAAUGAGUGCUGAAAUGACCUUAUAUUUAACUGUUAGGUUUAGGUUCUUACGUUUACCCCAUGACAAAUAUUCACACACUCGGACACUCACAACCAACACCUGUGCUCUUGUGCUCUUUACCUUCUUCAUAUUGUACUUAGUGUGCAUUGUGAAUUAAGGUGGAAAUCACUGAAUUACAUAAUUAUACCAAUAAAAAACAAAUGCAUCUUCAAAAAGAAGUGUAUAGUGUUGUGAAAUUACUGAAUAAUUUACUGUCGUGUGUAUUCAAUCAUGUAUUCAAGUGAAGAUGGACCCACCAAUGCUCUGAUUGUUAUACUGUUUAUGUAUAUAGUUGUGAAGUUCCUUUAUAUUUAAAUAAUAUAGUGCCGCCAAUUUCAAUGGUAGACUUUUUUUUUUUACUAGAACAUACAAUUAAUACCUAGAUUUUACUGUAAGUAUAUUAUUAUAGCUUUGUUGGCUGUAUCAGUAUUUCUAU